CCCUAGGGUUUCUCUUCCACAGUUUUAUAAGAGUCGAAAAAAAAUCACGCCGCACCUCUAGACUCUGCUGCAGUGAACUGAAACUCUGAGAUAAACAACCAUGGCGACGCAAAUGAGUAAAAAGCGAAAGUUUGUUGCUGACGGCGUGUUCUUCGCCGAGCUGAACGAGGUGCUGACCCGCGAGCUUGCGGAGGAUGGCUACUCCGGCGUCGAGGUUCGAGUCACGCCGAUGCGCACCGAAAUCAUCAUCCGUGCUACUCGCACACAGAACGUACUCGGAGAGAAGGGUAGGAGAAUUAGGGAGCUGACAUCUGUCGUUCAAAAGCGAUUCAAGUUCCCAGAGAACAGCGUUGAGCUUUACGCUGAGAAGGUCAACAACAGGGGUCUCUGUGCCAUAGCUCAGGCCGAGUCACUGCGUUACAAGCUUCUUGGAGGCCUUGCUGUUCGUAGGGCUUGCUAUGGUGUUCUGAGGUUUGUCAUGGAGAAUGGUGCCAAGGGAUGUGAGGUGAUUGUAAGUGGAAAGCUCCGUGCUCAACGUGCCAAGUCCAUGAAAUUCAAGGACGGGUACAUGAUUUCCUCUGGGCAACCCGUCAAGGAGUACAUUGAUGCUGCUGUGCGACACGUUUUACUUAGACAGGGCGUACUUGGUAUCAAGGUCAAGAUCAUGCUCGACUGGGAUCCAAAGGGCAAGGUUGGGCCAAUGACACCUUUGCCCGACGUCGUCACCAUCCACCCACCGAAGGAAGAGGAGUAUAUCCCCCAAAUUCCUCAAACUGUGGCACCUGCCAUCGAAGUUGCUUGAGUAUGAAGUGGUUUUCACCAGAACAGUAUGUCAUAUCUAUGUUUUCUGCCUGGUAACACAUGUUUUUGGACUAAUAGAAAUUUACUUAGAUUUCUACUCUUUUUGAUCUUGUAAAACGAGUUAUUUAAAUCUUAUUGUGCUGUUUUAUUUUGUGACA